UUUUCUCCUUUUUUCUCCUUUAGUGUCGCUAGUCCUGUAUCUAUCUUCCCCACCUUGACUAGCUCCGUCUUCGUCUAGCCGGUAGUAGCGGCAGUCAUCAUAGCCGUUGAAAAUAUGCUUGGUAUAGAAGCGUUAGUGGCGUCGCUGUCGUGGUUGGUAUUGGUUCUGGCGUCGGUGCUGCUGGUGGUGCUGGUUUUGGUAUUGAGAAUGGUGUAGCGCGGGUGUGCGCGCGCGGUGCUGUUUCGACGGCAUAUAGUGCGGACGGUGGCUUUAGACUCGAAGCUGCGGAAGAAAGGCCGCGAGCUCGUUCGUGUUCCAAUGGCCUGAUACACAUUACCAGACGCGUAUAUGAAGCUACACUGCCCUGAAUCGUCGAUGGGCGUGCGGGGGUGACUGGAGUGAUGGGAUGGGGCUAGAGCCCCAUGGAGUUCGGGUAGACCCGUCUCCGGCCCAACUCCCCAGCCCCCUCCGCCAUCGAUAUCGUCACAGCUCCUGCCAGCGUCGCAGAGGGCCGCCUCGAUCGCGAUGGAGGCCUCUAAUAAUCAACAACAGAAAAAGGAGCCAAGCGUUCACAGGCCUUGCGCCUUCGACAAGAUGGAGGGGCUGGUGCGGGAGAUGCAAGACCCUGAGAACGGGGUACCCGUGCGCAGCCAAAAACAAUUUCUCACCUCAAUUCCUUCGGCUUUCAUGGGUUACGAUCUCAUCGAGUGGCUGAUGGAGCGGCUUUCCAUCGAGGAAUCAGGUAUGAAAUUCACACCAUGUUAUUGGCCGUGGCAACAUAAAAUCCCUGAUAACAUGGAAUAUGCUAUUUAUCUGGCUAAGAGAACUUUAAGAAACAAGCAACGACACGCUCUUGAAGAUUACGAAAUUGAAGCUUUAAACAGUCUACGUAGGAACUUGCAGAACAAGUGGGAUAUGAUACAACUUCAAGCUGAAGAACAGGUACGCUUAUCGAAGGAGCGAAAGAAAGGGGAUAAAAUAGUAAGCGAUUCUCAAGAGCGAGCAUUUUGGAGAGUUUACAGGCCGCCACCUGGUUGUCUAAGUAGCCUCGAAGUAACACCCGUACCUACGCGUUUUCAUCCUGGACUUUCACGUCCUCCAUCGCGUAAACGCACUUUAACCGAUCUGCAACGCGAGGUGGCUCUUUUGAAGAACAGCUUAACGCGUACAAGAAUUAAAGUUUCGGCUGCUAUCGAAAAUUUCAAGUCAUACUACCAAACAUACGAGGAAUACGAUCCAAUGAUUACACAGCCACAACCUUCCAAUCCAUGGAUUACCGACGAUCAAACAUUUUGGCAGUUCAACAGUCCUCUAGUGGAAAUUCCUACGGAAAAACGUGUUAAGCGAUGGGCAUUAUCCAUGGAAGAGUUAAUGUCCGAUCCUACUGGUUUGCAAGAGUUUACGCAGUAUUUGAGAAAAGAAUACAGUCAUGAAAAUAUACGAUUUUGGUUAGCUGUUAAAGAUUUGAGGCAUAGUUUUCAAGCAAAAAUACCCGACAAAGUUAACGAAAUCUUCAGAGAAUUCUUAGCACCUGGAGCACCUUGCGAGAUAAAUAUAGAUGGGAAGACGAUGGAAAAAGUUCAUCAAGAGAUGAAAAAUCCAAAUCGAUUCACGUUUGAUUCCGCCGCCGAACACGUGUAUACGUUGCUUUUGAAAAAGGAUUGUUAUCCUAGAUUUAUUCGUUCCGAUCAGUCGAAUUUAUUAGCCGCUGGUGUGCAACCUUCGCAAAAAAAAUGGUUUUUUUUCGGGGGACAAAUGAAAAAGAAAGUUUCUUCGACUUCGACUUCGAUUUCGGCUCCAACUCCGACAACGAGCACGUUGCAACACCAUGCUGUAACCGCCGGUGGGGGAGGAGGGACUGGUGGUGGUAGUAAACGCAGGGGAAGCGAUCGAAGUCUUUCCGGAUCUGCUCACGAGUUAGCCGUUUGUGGUAUUCGAGAUACAAGUUCGACAAUGCCUAGAGUACCGCAUUCCCACAGUCAAUCGAAUCUCACCGAUAUUCCAUAUAGGGAUGCUGGCACGUCGGAAACAUCGAUGGCUCGCCCUAUGGACGACGUUUGCCCGUGGGACGUGGCUCCAGGACCGAGUAUAGAGCACGAUAUAGAUACAGGGGCACAGCUACGCCAUCCAAUGUCAUCUGGAGUGACGUCAUCGGUUGAAAGCCAAGCGGAAGAAGGAAAUAGUAACUUGAUUAGCCAGUCGCAGUCUGUCGAAGUUGGGGCACGCCCGUCUCGCAAAAAUUCAUCGCAAUUCGAUUCCUGUAGUUCUUCAUCCGACGUCAGUUUGGCGGUGACAGAAGCAGUAUCGGAACACCUUAGAAAGUCUUGUAGUUUGCAACAAAGUAGCAGCACGGGUGGUGGUGGUGGUACCUCGGAACGAAUCUGUAUGACAACGCGAAAUUAUUCCAUCGGCUCGGUCGGCGGAAGAGCGAAACUUGGAGAGAUCGGUCGGCCAAUGGCUUCGUCCUUUAAUUAUCCGUCGCCGCAGCAUUCGUUCGAAUAUUCGCACGUGGUGGCGGAGAUCCGAUCGGAAGGAUCGAAGGAUGUCGCCGAGGUGGUUGAAACCGAAACGAGGUCGAAGGAAAAGGAGCACGCGAGGAAAAGUUCGAGCAAGGCCCCUCUGAUAAGUAUCAGCGCGAUCGUGGGCGAUCUGGCGAGCGACAGCGCGAUCGCCGUUCAAGAGGAGGAGAGAAAGGAGGAGGAUUGUGGCAAGGGUGUGGCGGCGAGGGAAGGAGAGAUAGAAAUUGAGAAAAGGAGAGGGGGGGAGGUGGAGGCGAGUGAUAAAGGCGAGGCGGUUAUCGUCGCGGAAGAAAAUUUGGCGGUCUCGACUCGAAUCGAAGAGUCGACGGAGACGGAGGAAUCGCUGGAAGAGGCGCAAGUCGUUCCUGUUUGGGAGCCGGACACCCGACAGGACGACCAAAUAGCACCCGUUACCCAACCAGCUCCUCAACAAAAGCGUGACAAUAACGUUAACGAAGUGUGCCCGUGGGAAGACGAGGAAAACUGUAGAGUGGAUGCACCCUAUGUGAAAACUUACGCGACUUUAGGUUACUUGUAACUUUAGGUAUCGGUACUAAGCAUACAUUUCACGUAUAAACAUUUGCAAUUUCAAUUCCCAUUUUACUUCACUUUUGCCAAGCCCGAGUGCCCGAAACUAUUUCAAGCGUAUUGAUCAUCGUUUCUCGAAAGGCUCGUUAUAUUUUCAUUUCAUUCCGAAAGAUGGAUCGAUUCGAGAAUUUCCUUAUUACUUGUUUCCUACCGUUGUAACAGACGGAUAUUUCAUCGUAAUUGACGAAAUGAUUCGAAGUGAAGAGAAAUGAAAAGAAGAUUUACCUCGCCACGUUAAACAAGUGUAAACGAAGAGGCAAGCAAGCAAGCGAGCAAGUAAGUAAGUAAGUAAGUAAAUAAAUAGAUAAAUAAGUAGGUAAGCAAAUAAAUAAAUAAAUAAAUAAGUAAUUAAAAAGAAUCUUAUUUGUAUAAAGAUACUUUGUGGUUAUUAGACACGAUCAGCAUGGAUUUAAAGUAAAAAGUUUGCCUCGAAGCGCGUAGAAGCAAGAGAAAUGUUAAUUAUUUAUUUAUUUAUUUUAUCUCGAUUUACGCCAAUUUCGUCACGACGUCACGAAUAAGAAAGUGAAUAAGCAAAGCUGUAAACGCGAACGGCUGCUUCGACGCUGCCGUCGAGUAAGAUAAUUAAAGAAAUCCGAAAUCCAAAAAGUUAAAUUUCGUUGGCCGAACGAUGAAAUAUACAGUUCGCGUCGUUAUAUAUUUUUCAAGCUUUUGAAAAUAAUCGAUUUAUUCGGCGAAAGUAUUAAAUGCAAAGAUGCGUUCUGCGAGUGCUAGUCAACCAUGAGCCCAUUGACCGCUCUCGUAGCUCGCAAAUUUCUUCGAUACGAGCAAACAGGAACGAGGAAAAAUUAGGAUGGCGCGAAAAAACUUUACCAAUUUAAUUCCAAUAAAUCGUUUCGAAACGAAAAAAAUUUUGUCGGAAUGGAUUGUACGGAAGGGGUUUGUAACGAAUAUAAUGUAAUUAUAUACGAUUGUUUCAAUUUCAAUUGAAUGAAUCGUUCGAAUUGGAUGACGAAAAGGUUAUGAAAAUAAAAAACGUUAAAUUAAAAACGUAACGAGUGAUUUAGAUCACUUUGCUUCGCUUGAUAAAAAUAACUUAAAUGUCUCAAAUGAUGUUUGAUCGUCGUUUUCAAAUCCAAGCGUCGUCACGUUUAUCGAUACGUUAUAAAUGUCGAACAACGGCACCAAGAACGGGGGAGCGUAACUUUAACUCGCUCGUUUGCCUGAUAUCUAUCGGGCCUGCUGACGGUUAAACGUUUAACGAGUAUUACCAAAAUAAAAAAAAAAAAAAAAAAAAACGAAACCUGUCUCACUUUUAAUCUCUUUAGAAACUCGGUAUUUAACUUGUAAAUCGUUACUCGACUCGCGCUGUUCCUAUUAUCAAGAUCGAGAUUCAAUUUCAAAAGAGGGAAAGAGAGAAAAAGGAACGAGAAACGUGAAAUGAUGUAAUAAUAAUAACGAUUCGUUUGUUUAUCACUUAUUUAGAAGAUAUCGAAUCUUGUUCUAUAUAUAUAUAUAUAUAUACAUAUAUCGCGUUUAUCGGGUUCUCGGUACUGUUACUGCCCCAGUACCGAGAUCCCUGCGAUCUAAACGAAUUCCAAUUCUCAAGUUAAUCGAUUAAUUAAGAGAAAUUUAAGAAAAAUAACUAAUAAACACUUGUUCCGCUCGACGAUGUAAUUUAACUUAUUCUCUCCCUUAGAGAAUUUAUUCGAUCGCUUGUUAAAAAAAAAAAAAAAAAAUGGUAGGAACGCGUCGUUGUAUCGUAAGAAAUUAGGAAGAUAAUCUUAUUAUAGAGCAUUAUACGUACACGUGGUAAUCGUAAUAUUUUAUGAAAAUGAAAUUGUAUUAAUAUUAAUCGGAGUGGGAAAGGAUCGAUUCGAUCGUAAAUUAUACGCGUAGUGGUAAUACUUGUCUGCUAUACAUAUAUAUGACAUAUAUAUGGACUCGAUUAUCAAACGAAAUUAUAAAACAUCGUUACUAUCGAAAACUAAAAAAAAAAAAAAAAAAAAAAAU